AAUUUUCUCCAAACUAUAUAAACGUCUUAAACCUUCACUGGGAGUCUAGGGUUUCAGUCUCCUUCGAUUUCUCUGCGCUUUGAAGCCGUCUGAGACGAACAGCUUCGCAGAGCUUCAUCUGAAACCCUAACCAUGUCCUUGGUAGCGAACGAGGAAUUUCAACACAUACUUCGUGUGCUCAACACGAACGUCGAUGGGAAACAGAAGAUCAUGUUUGCUCUGACCUCCAUCAAAGGUAUUGGCCGCCGUUUCGCUAAUAUCGUCUGCAAGAAAGCCGAUGUCGACAUGAACAAGAGAGCUGGCGAGCUCUCAGCUGCAGAGCUUGAGAACCUCAUGGUGAUUGUUGCCAAUCCUCGCCAAUUCAAGAUCCCCGACUGGUUUCUUAACAGGAAGAAGGAUUACAAGGAUGGGAGGUAUUCUCAGGUUGUUUCCAAUGCGUUGGACAUGAAGCUGAGGGAUGACCUUGAGCGACUGAAGAAGAUCAGGUUUGCCAUCAUUCUAGUGUGGAUGGAAUUAUUGUUGGAACUUCAGCUAAACCGGUUUCAUUCUUUUAAAGCUAUGGGUUUAAAAUUAAAACCAAUCUCAUUGUUUUCUUUUGUCUUAUAUCAUUGGUUUCCUUGAGCUUGCUUUCAUUUGUUAUUCUUUUGUAAUCGGCAGGAACCAUCGUGGUCUCCGCCACUACUGGGGUCUUCGUGUCCGUGGGCAACACACCAAGACAACUGGCCGCAGGGGAAAGACUGUUGGUGUCUCCAAGAAGCGAUGAUCUGUUCUAUUCCCUAUUUUUAACAUGCACUUUUGUCCUUGGGCAUUUUUGAUUGGUGUCAGCUGUUUUUCUCAGUUUAGUUUGUUCAACAACAUUUACAUGAGCACAGUUUCUCUCUCGAUUUGAGUUGUUCUUGGAUGUUUUUAGUAGUGAUUACUUCUCAUAUCUUUCUUUUAAUGAUAUUAUGAUUUCACUUAUUCCCA